AUGAGCACAAUAUCGUCUGUUGCCAUAUCUUGCCUUACGAAACUCAAAGCCAUUGCUUCCUCCGAUGAUUUGCAAAUAUACAGUGCUGAGAUCCCGCACGCACUUUGGCAAGAUGAGCUGGGUCGUCUACGGGUCUGGGCAGCUAAUAUAGGUGCUCACCAGACUGGUCAGGCCUCUCUAGAUCAUCGCCUUCGAGACGCAUCUCAUAUCAAAGAACAAACCCUCCGAGUUCUUCGGAGGUUGCAAAGGUUGUUACAGGAUCUUCGGGACGGGCUUCACCCGGGAAGUGGAUCCGAGGAUAUGUCAGAUUCGGGGGAUGAACACGGUGGAACAUCAGAGGUGCAGAUGAUCUACCAAGAGGUUCAUGAUACGAUCGGUAAUCUCUUUCAACUAUCGAUGAUCAUUCGGAAACCCGCUCAGCACGAUCGACUUCGGGGAACAAAGCGGUCCGAUGCUGCUGGCUUCGAGCCAUUCGAUAUGCAACACGUGUUGAACAAGUAUCCUCAAGCAGAACCUAGUGUUCUAGAACGACUUGGGUUAGCCAUUUCUCAGCGGAGAGCUAUUCUUCGGUACCGCGAGCGACAUCACCUCAAAUUAGGGAAAGGCCUGGAACGAGCGAUCGAAGACCGAUCGGACGCAGUGUCCACGAAAAUGUCAGAUACAGUCGCAACAAAUUUUGUUGAACAGCCUCCAACCCAUGUCGGGUUUGAUUCUCAAUCACUCGUCUCUCAAACUUCAUAUGCACAGACGCUGCUGAACGGAGAGGAAGGGAUGGUGCUGCCUCCGCUGCCUGCUGAAUCUGAAGAUGGAACUCCCUUUGAGUGUCCAUACUGUUUCGUUAUAAUCAGCAUCUCGGGCGAUAAUCAAUGGGCCCGCCAUGUCUUCGAUGAUCUCAUGCCAUACAUCUGUGUGUUUCCCGAUUGCUCAACACCAUAUCGACUGUAUGAGAGUCGGCGCGAAUGGUUUUUCCAUCUGCAAAACCAGCAUUCUGUGCCCAUCGAUUCCGGAGGCCAGCUUAACUGCCCUCUUUGCUCGUCGUCAGUCACAACUGGGAAGCCAUUCGAAAAACACGUUGCCAGGCACUUGGAGGAACUCGCUCUAUUUGCUCUACCGCGCUCUCAGCCACAAGUUAACCCCAAUUUAUCAGAUGAAGAAUUCAUCGGAGACAAUAGGGCUCGCGCGGACUCUGAUUCCAAUCAUGGCUCAUUAUAUCGAGUUCGGGAGUAUACAAAUGAGCAGUCCCCAUUGACUGAAGAAACUCUUCGGGCGAGUGACACUCAAGAAGAGGAUGGUGACCUAUUCGACAUGGGCUACGAAGGAGACACAAAUUCCUACGAAGACGACGAAGAUAAGAAAGACCUGUCUUUGGACCAAUCGAAUGAUAGUGGCCAACCGCUACCCAAGACAAGAAGAUUUCUCCCGCGAUCCGAGACAAGAAAACUUUUCUCGCUACCUAAUAAAAGAGUUCUCAAAGUGCGCAAGGUAUGGAUUUCUGUAGAAUCACCCAGCCGAGGAUUUGAGAAUGAGGCGUCUCAACUACCAGACCUGGAUAACGGUUGGGUGGUGUCAUUAGGCCGUCCAGAAUCGUCUACACGAAAGGUGAAGCGCACAAGGCCUAUCGAAUUUACAGACCCGAUGGGGAGGCAUUUUGAGUUCCCUCUUGAGCACUGCUCCACCUGGGAGGGGCUAGAAGAAGUCAUCCGAACGAGUCUUUGCCAUGCCCCUGACAUGCUGGCACAAUUCGAAGCCGGGAAGUAUGACAUUAUCAAUGAAGCCGGCUCUGUGGUCUUCCCCGGUAGAUGGAAGGAGAUUGUUGAGCCUGGCAUACGCAUCACAAUGCGUAUCUGGCCUUCUCGACAAUAUGCAAUCGAAUCACGACUUGAAGAGGGGAAACCGUAUCAACUUUCAGAAGAUCCUCUGACUAUCAAUUCCUUUUUGGAAAGAGCUAGAUAUUCGAGACUAGCCGAUACCCGCUUUGGGGUGAGUGAUUGGACAGCCGCCAUUCCAGAUAUGGAAGAUGAAGGAUGA